ACUUAUGAAGAGUAGGCCAAACGGGAGCAUCCUGACGUCAGACGUCUUCUCCGCACAUUUUGGCCUUUCCUCAUCGAGCUUCCAAAUGUCGUCACGCGAUUGACGACGUUUAAUCCUCUCCAUCUUCGUCUUUUUUUAUUCGGCUUUUCGGACAUCGCACUUCCGCUUGUUGUUGUCGUCGUUUGCCGUGUGAUGGCCGACGGCGUCCUCAGCAUCAGGACCAGCUCGGGAGGGCCGCCGGAACCGCUCGAACCAACGACUGCAAAGCAACGUUAUUGAACGCCGCGGCAGAGUGACCUUGAACCUUUCAGCACCAUCGCGUGACGUGAUGUCAAAAUGCUCGCCGGCGUGACAGCGCGCCACCGGGAGGGGUCGCCGUGACCCGAGGCCGAUGACGUCGGAUGAGGCCAACGCGGCGAACGGUCGCCCGCACCGCAACGCCGACGGCAUGUCGCAGCUGGGCGCCGAUGCCUUCGAGAAGGCCCGACUGGAACUCAACGAAAACCCCAAUACGCUACACCGCGACAUACAGCAGGUGCGCGACAUGAUCGUGACGCGACCGGACAUCGGCUUCCUGCGAACGGACGACGACUUCAUCCUGCGCUUCCUGCGAGCGCGCAAGUUCGACCCGGUGGAGACCUUCCGCCUGCUGGCGCAGUACUUCCAGUUCCGCCAGCAGAACCUGGAUAUGUUCCAAAGCUUCAAGGUGGACGACCCCGGCAUCAAGCGGGCCCUGACGGACGGCUUCCCGGGCGUCCUGGAGACGCCGGACCAGCACGGCCGCAAGAUCCUCAUCCUGUUCGCUUCCAACUGGGACCAGAACAGGAACUCCUUCACGGACAUCCUGCGGGCCAUAUUGCUCUCUCUGGAGGUUCUGAUCGAGAAACCAGAGUUGCAGAUCAACGGCUUCGUGCUGAUCAUCGACUGGAGCAACUUCUCCUUCAAGCAGGCCUCCAAGCUCACGCCCAACAUCCUCAAGCUGGCCAUCGAGGGCUUGCAGGACAGUUUUCCGGCGCGCUUCGGAGGCAUCCAUUUUGUCAACCAGCCGUGGUACAUUCACGCCAUGUUCACCAUCAUCAAGCCCUUCCUCAAAGACAAGACCAGGAAGCGGAUCUUUCUGCACGGCAACAACCUGAACUCGCUCCACCAGCUGAUCCAGCCCGAGUGUCUGCCGUCCGAGUUCGGGGGCACGCUGCCGCCGUACGACAUGGGCAUGUGGGCGCGCACCCUGCUGGGCCCCGACUACAUGGACGAGACCGAGUACACGCUCACCUACGACGCGCUGCGCGUCCGAGAGAACGGCGGCGGCGGCGGCGACAAAGAGCUGAUGAAAAGGUCUCAGUCGGCGGUCGAUCCCGGCGCGAUGCGACAGAUGGACCGGGAGACCAGCACGCCGCUUCUGGCCCUGGACUGAACGCGCAAAUCGCGCGCACUUGCUGUAUUUCCGCUCGUGCGGUUGAAUUCGUCCAGCUGAACUUUGACCCGUACUUCCUGUUUCUGAGCCCCGAUGUGUGUGCGUGUAAGCGGCCCCAUCCACACACACGCACACACUCAUACG